GCUGCCGUGAGACGCGCUCCCACUUAUUGAACGGUUUGCUUUUGGCGAGAAGCGGAUCCACUCACAGCGAUAUUUCGCGACUGUCUCGCGCCCAACGAGUCGUGGACCACGACAACGAGAGAUUCUGCCCGCGCAGGCACAGCACUGCUCUUGCAGCAGUCGACGCAACGACCAGCGCAGCGCGCGACUUGCGUAACGAGCAGACACCUGCUCACUUGGUCUCAGUAUGGACUGCAACGCAGGCAAGGAUCGUGUGAUGUAUCAUACACAAGUGUACGUUUUCUAGCCGACGACUGGCCACGCCCACCGCAAGCGCAGGGUACCUCACCGGCGAUAAGUCCGUUUCGUGUACAUUUGUGCUUCUCUUUUGUGGAUACCACGUCUGCACCCUUUCGUAGUCUUUCUUACAUUUUACCAUAUGCGGAGGUGCUGGCCGAAAAGAAGUCAGUCGAGGUGUUUUUCAGAAAAAUGACUCAUGAAAUCCUAAAAUUCGACAUUUGAAUCAUACACACAGUUUUGGCAACCCCCGUCGUGUACCGCAGUCAUACGACACGGCGCUCGCUCUGCCGGAAGAGAGCGAGGGAGUCAGAGUCCAGCCCUCCUGCAGCUCAGCUCACUGCGUGCCGUCUCCCCUUGCUGAGAGACACCCCAGCUCUAGGCACAGGCAGCAAGUGAUCGACCAUGGCGCAGCGUGGGGACAAGGGCGCCAAGGGCGAAAAGAGCGGCUUCUUCCGCAAAAUGUACUCGUCCAUCGGCAGCUCGUCACGGCAGCUGGCGUCCAACCGCCACGACAAGGCGCAACGCAGCGACAGCACGAGCAGCGGAACCAGCAGCGGAUACAACCAGAACAGCCCUAGCGACGGCGCCUCCACGGGCAGCGGCCACAACGGAGGCGGCGGCUUACAGAACUUCGUCAAGCAUCACAGCUUUAACGGCCACAUGCCUUUCUCACGUGAUGACCCGCGCGCUACUGCUAGUGACCCCCACCAGAGCCUUCUGUCCAAACGCCCGAGCCUCAUCGUGCCCUUCUCCAACCAGCAGCAGCUGAGCAACGGCGCGGUCGCUAGCCCAACCGAAGGCGCACAGAGCUACCUGGACGAUUUCCAGGCGCCCAUCUCCAAGUCAGGCGUGCUCAUCAAACAGGCAAAUCACUUUAAGACGUGGAAGAAGCGCCUCAUGGUGCUAAAGGGCCACUCGCUUUUCUACUAUGUGUCCGGCACGUCGGGCGAGGAUUCCUAUCCACGCGGCGUCAUUCCACUACAGGGAGUUCGGAUCACGCCCAUUGACUCGGCGCGUUUCAAGCGUCAGAAUUGCUUCGAGAUCUGUCAUCCGGGAUAUCGCCCUAUCUACCUGAUGGCAAAGAGCGAGGCGGAUCUGAGCGUCUGGAUGAGCAGUUUGACGUCGGCUGCGAUGCCGACGACAGCAGACCGCAAAAUGCUUUUAGUGACUGAGCCUCUGGAAACGCUCUUUAAUACGCCUGCCCUGGAGGAUGCCGUGCCAUACAAGCGGACCUUUUACUUCCGUCAAAAAGUGGCAUUCUGCAUGCCUCGUAAAGAGGAUUCAGGGUACACAGCGGCGGAACUCUUCGAUCUGAACGAGAAGCGAUUGACUACGCUGUGCGACCUGAACAGUUAUUGCGAUUCCUUCCCAAUGAUCCUGGACGACCCGCAGCUUUUCGUCGAACUGCUGCAUGUCGUGGGUUGCUAUAUUUUCCGGCCAUUCCCUCGACUGAUGUCGACGUCACCCGGCAAUAUCUUUGUCGAAGAGCCGAGCCCUGAAGAAGUGAGUAUGCUGGAGAACCCGAUGGACAAAUACUCGGAGUACACGACGGAGGAGCAGCAAUGGGGGUUGCUCUCGGCUUGUUACGAUCUGCUGCUGAAGGCGAUUGAGCAUAUUGACAAAUUAGAGAAGCACGUGCGCAAGGAGUUUUUCCCGUUGAGAUUUAUCGCGCAGCUGGUAAAUUUGUUCAAGACGCCUUCGUUUAAGGAGCGACAGGUAUUGAAAGGAGUGCUUCAUCGACUGUACUAUAAACUCACGCAGCGGCGAUCGGCCAUUCGCAAGGAAAUUGCCAACACGUUCUACGAGUAUAUUUAUGAGACGUCGAACCACUACGGCGUGGCGGAGCUGCUCGAGAUUCUGGGCAGUAUCGUCAACGGCUUCGCUUGUCCGAUCAAGCAGGAGCACGUGGUGCUGCUGGAGAAGGCGCUGAUCCCGCUGCACUCCACGCCUGCCUUCAUCUCGUACCAUCAACAGCUCGCGUACUGCAUGAUCCAGUACGUAUCAAAGGACCACACGCUUUUCACUCCAAUCGUCCGUGGCUUGAUAAAGUACUGGCCGGUGGGUAACUCGUUCAAGGAGGUCAUCUUCAUCGUCGAGUUCGAGGAAAUGCUGGAGCACGUGCUGGCAGAAUCGGAUUUCGACUCGAUCUCGUUGAAAUUGGCGCGGAGACUGGGGCAGUGUAUGGUCAGCGACCAGUUUCAGGUAGCAGAGCGUGCUAUUUCGUGCUGGAGCUCUCCGGCGUGCUUGCGCAUCAUGAACGAGUACGAGAAGUUGGGCCAAGGCAUGUUCGACGUGAUCAAGCCGUUCUUGCAACGAGCGGUAACAGGACACUGGAAUACGCUGAUCCAGCAGAAGGCACAGGAAACGUACACCAUGUACUACAACAUGGGAUACGACAGUGACGACGUCGCAACGACGCAGUCAGCACUUGUGGCGGACGGGAAAGUAUUGGACGGUAGCGCCAAGACGGAGGAGUCAGACCCUGAUGAGGAGACGAACAAUUCUAGCGAGGCGAACCUGUCGAUGGCCGUCCGGCUGUCAGCAUCAAACGCAGUAGAGUCAUUAGAUGUGGUGCUGUCGGACGAAGAGGACGACGAUGAAAAGCCGGACGCGUCCUAGAGUGUAGUGGUGUGUGUGAUGGAUGGAUGAUGCAUUGCGAUAGAGACAGCCAGGUCAGUUAGGCAACCCCAGGCAAGGGCACGCCACGCCACCUCCGCCAAAACUCUCGACGUGCUCCCGAUCGACCGGUAGCAGCUACGGUAUACACAGAAGAAAAGCAAGAGAAAAUCAAAACAGGUAAAUGGAUGAAGAAUAGUCAGCGACAUCAAAACGGAGCAAGCACCGAAAAAGCGGCGGAUGAAGGCGCGACGAAGACAAUUUGGGCAGGGGUGGAUGGAUGAGUGCCAAGUUUUGGAUAUUAUUUGAAAUUACACAGAUAACAGGGACUGGUACGACCGCGUCAGCGUCAGGAGGAAACGGUGAGGGGCAGGCAUUGCGAGGAAGGAGCGAGGAGGGCGAAUCGACCGAGAAAUUCGUCACCUUCGUCCCCGUCUCGCUUCGCCACGCCAGUCAUGUCAAAUAAAACUACUCAUUCGUCAACCA